GUCAUCACUGCCACCCCCUGGUCAUCGCUGUCACCCUGGAGGUCCUACUGUCCCCUGGUCAUCACUGUCACCCCCUGGUCAUCGCUGUCACCGUGCAGGUCCUGCCGCCCUCUAGUUCACCCGUCCUGCUCCCCUGUCCCUCCUGGGCUGCCGUUCCCUUCUCCCCGUGUGUGAAAGACCCCGAGACAACCGAAAACCCAGCCCUCACUGCUGUCCAGACGGCCUGUGUCGGGGCCUCUCAGUCGUCCACCCACACGGCCACUUCUGGAAUUCUGGACCCUAAACGUGUAGAGACAAGUACAGAGACACGUUCGUCACUCCUGUUAGCGUAAAAGCCACAGACUCCCAGCCGUGUGAUGAGGAGCUGUCUGACUGGCACGUCCGUCCUCUCAUCCUCCGCGCAUUCAGCAGGCGCUCUGCCACCCACGCCGCGCGCGCACCCUUGGAGGCCGAGGGGUGCAGCAGACACCCGCCCACCUGCAGGGCAGGGACGGGAAGUGGGGAGUUAGGAAGGCGGGGGCAGGCCUCCACGGUGGGCCAGGGUCGCCUGGGGAAGAGAGGCCCUGGGGCAGGAGGGACACAUGUCUGGGGCGCUGUCUUGUUCCAAAACAUUCCCGUCCCCCCAAAAGGAGACCCGUCCCCAUCAGCAGCCCCUCCCCAGCCCCUGGCGACCCCUGACCCACUUUGUGUGUCUGUGGUUUGCCUGUCCUGCACGUUUCGUAGAACUGAGUCACACACUACUCGUCCUUUGCUGUCUGGCCUCUGUCACGGGGCACCCUGUCUUCCAGGUCCAUGCACGUGGUUGUGUGUGUCAGCUUCGUUCCUUUUCAUGGCCAGGUAAUUUUCCACGUGUGGGUGGACCACGCUGUUUAUCCGUGCAUUCCUGGACUGACACUUGGUUGUUUCUGCCUCUCGGCUGUUGUGAACACACGUGAGCAGGCUUUCUGGUGGACGCGUGCCUGCAGUUCCCGGGGAGGACACCUGGGGGUGGAAUUUGUGGGGUCCAACGUGGUCUUGGGGGCAGAUCCCCAGCCUGGCAGCUGUGUGGGGGAGCUGGGGAGCUCGGGGGCCGCAGAAGCCGCGCAGCACCUCACGGUUGAUCCGUGCUUUGACCCGGGGAGGAGGAGGGGUGCAGGCACCUGCGGGGCUUGCUGAUGGGCUGGGCGUGAGGUUUCAGGAAGACAGUGGGGCCCACCAGGAGUCAAAUCCGAGCUUUGUGUCCCCCCAUGGGGGAGAGGACGGGGACGCCCCAGUGACUCCAGCUUCAGCCCUUGCUGAGCUCUGUUCACCCUUCCUGCCCAUCUGGGGGCUGCCUUCCCCAGCCCUUGUGGAACCUUCUGGCAGGUCAUCCUAUUGGGUUCUGUGCAGGCAAACAGGUACAUGGACCCCAUCGUGACGCCCCAGGACUCCUCACUAAUGCGUCCCCAGCUCCCGCCAGACCCACCCGGAUCCCUGAUCCAUCUGCGGCAGGAUGGACCUCGCAUCCCGCCGUGGCUGCGGCUUCCUUCCUCCCGCCCCCGCCUGUGUACCCAUCCCCUUCAUCUUCGUACCCGGGGACCUCGUGGGAGGAGCUCUGUGGUGUGGGGAACAAAUGCUGGGUCCGGCGCCCUGUCAGAGAGGGUCGUGGCAGGGCAGGAGGCCGCCAACGGGGCGGCAGAGCAGGCGCGGCGGGGCCCAGGGCCAACCCCGAGGGCGGUGUCCUCACGGUUGCCUGUGUGUCCCCACAGCCGAGUGGCAGGUGGCGGAGGCCACGGCGCUGGUCCACACGCUGGCGGGCUGGUCCGUGGUGCAGACCAUGGUCGUGUCCACCAAGACGCCCGGCAGCAAGCUUGUCUUCGGCAAAGGGAACCUGGAGCACCUGACAGAUGUGUUCACCGUGCGUGUGCGUGUCAGAUGUGCACCCUUGAAGGUGACCCCGUCCCCCACUGCCCUCCCGGAUCGCGUGCCUGGGAAGUCGGGGAUAUGGGUGAACACGGCCCACGAAGGCACGUCCGCGAAUGCCUCCACGGGACCAGUCCCGGCACACGUGCGCAAGGAUCAGCCUCUGACCGGACCUUCUCUUUCUGUUAGAAAAGAUCCGAGGGUCCCCCGAGAUCACGUCCGUGUUCCUGAACGUGGAGCGGAUGUCUGCCCCCACCAAGGUGCGUGGACGUCCCUCGCUCGGUUCGCGUGUUGAAGGAGUCACAGGCCGG